GGGGAGAAGUGAAGCAGAAUAGAUAGAGGGGUGUGAGCUGUGGGGGUGUGAGUACUGGGCCCCACUGCCCAUGUGCCCCUCUUCAGUCUCCACCACCUCCUGUUUCUCACUCAAUCAUUACCCCUCUAUUCUCCGUCUCUCUACUCUCUUAUUCUCAACGUCAAACCCAAAACCCCUUCUUCUUCUUCUUCUUCUUCUCUCGCGCCGCAAUAAUAAUACUAAAACAUGUCCAACUCUGAUGGAGCCACUAACGCCGUCCCUCCCAACGACGCCAACAACAACACAAUCGUUGAGUACCAGCAGCGAACCACCACCACCACCACCGCCGCCGCCGCCGCCCUCGCCGUCAAGAAACCGCCUUCCAAGGACCGCCACAGCAAGGUCGACGGCCGCGGGCGCCGCAUUCGCAUGCCGAUCAUCUGCGCCGCCCGCGUCUUCCAGCUCACGCGCGAGCUCGGCCACAAGUCCGACGGCCAGACCAUCGAGUGGCUCCUCCGCCAGGCGGAACCCUCCAUCAUCGCCGCUACCGGCUCCGGCACCACUCCGGCGAGCUUCUCCACUGUCUCCGACCACAAGCCCCUCCUCCCUCCCCCUACCCCCUUCAUCCUCGGCAAACGCAUUCGCCCUGACGACGACUCCGCCGCCAAAGACGACGCCGUCUCGCUCGUCGCCCCCCCCACGCCGCCCGCCCUCUGGGCCCUACCUCCCCGCCCCGACUUCGGCCAGGUCUGGAGCUUCGCCGCCGCGCCCGAACUCGUGUCGGUGUCGCCGCAGAAUUCAAUGUUUCACCAUCACCAUCAACACCACCAGCAGCAACAGCAACAGGCCGCCAUGGGAGAGGCCUCUGCCGCAAGGCUCGGGAAUUACCUCCCCGGCCACCUCAAUUUGCUCGCCUCGUUGUCCGGCGGCCACGGGAAUUCCGGCCGGCGGGACGACGAGCCUCGCUGAAUGAAUCAAUUUCUGAAAUUAUGAUGGAUUUGAUUGUGAUCUUCUUCGUAUAUAAAUAUAUGUAUUAUUGUGUGUGGGUGGGUGAGUUUGUAUUUUGUCUCUGUGACUUUGUUGUUGUGUGUGGACUACUGUGGACAAGGAGAAGGAUUGAAGAUUCUUAGUGAAAUUUUUAGGGUUAGUUUUUUUUUUUAUUUAAUUUUUGGUAGUAUUUCGAGUGGACAAGUCCAUGAAUUAAGGAAUUCAAUUGGAUUAUUAGGGUUUUCCUUGUUUGGAAAACUGAUUAGGUUACUUGUUAGGAGAUGAUGAUGAAUUUGUUUAGAACAUUGCUGGAGGAGAGACAACAGAGAGUAUGAUGAUGAGAUGAAUAACCAGGGAUUGAGGCUUGGAAGUGGGUUUCAGGACCUCGAUCCAUUGAUCGGUAUGCAGAUGCAGAUGCAAAUGCAAAUGCAGACGCAGAUGCAAGUGUAAUGAAAUGAAAAAUUAAUUUAAUGAUGUUAUUGUGGAAAAUAUCACACCAGAGUCCAAGGCGAAUGAAUUCAAGGUUAAGCUUCUUCUUGUUUCUUCUGUCUCGCUUUCACUGUGGGUUUUGAUCAACUUGACUUACUUUCUUUCACUUUCCUAAUUUGCUCAUUAAAAGUGAUUAGUGUUCAUAGUCUUAGUUUGAGUGAUUGUGUGUUUGACAAUCAAGCGUCACUCCCAUUUUCUUGGAGUAAACUUCUUUCCAAUGUUUAUUGAGAAUUCAUGUUAUUGCGCAUCAUUGAAGGAUUGUGGUCCUUCUAAUUAUGCAUUCUACCUUGCUUAGUUGCUCUCUCCUUCACUUUCGGGGAUGCCUAACAGCCUGCUUCUGCAAUGUAAGACCUCUGUUUCUAGAUUUUUAUCUGAAAUUCUCAGCCAUUUCUUAGAUUCGUCAGCGUGACAAUAAUGUCUUUUCUAGUAUGUAACUGGAUUUCCGUGGGGUGUUAGUGAAGUGAAUAAAGACCCAUCUGCUCAUUUCUCUCUA